CUCCUCACUUCUGAUUGGCCCGCGGAUCGCCUUAAAUCAGACUCCAAAAUAUCAGGUUACGUAUGGGCUCUGUGAAGUUAGCAGGCUACACAGUGGAGCACAGCAAUGAGCACAACUGUUACCAAAGAGUGCAGGAUGAAUAAUGGGGUGAAUGGUCAUUAUGGUGAAACUGAGGUGGACCGUUCGGAGGGUGAGCUGUUCGUCUCCGAGGCUUUCAAAAUAAUCUUGGAGGAGGCAGUUCACAAGGCCACAGAUGUGAAGGAGAAGGUGUGUGACUGGAAGGAUCCAGAGGAGCUGAGGGCUCUGAUGGACCUGGAGCUGGGAGAGCAUGGAGAAUCUCACCAGCAGCUGCUGCAGAGAGUCCGCGAUGUUGCCAGAUACAGUGUCAAAACAAAUCACCCUCGCUUCUUCAAUCAGCUGUUUUCUGGAGUGGAUUACUACGCCCUGACCGGGCGCCUCCUCACGGAGACACUCAACACCAGCCAGUACACCUAUGAAGUGGCUCCAGUGUUUGUGCUAAUGGAGGAUGUAGUUCUCCGCAAACUGCGCUCCUUGGUGGGCUGGUCAGAGGGGGAUGGCAUCUUCUGCCCUGGAGGUUCUGUAUCUAACAUGUAUGCCAUGAAUGUGGCCCGCUACUGGGCUUUCCCGCAGGUCAAAACACAGGGCCUGUGGACUGUCCCGCGUCUGGCUGUGUUCACUUCACAGGAGAGUCACUACUCGAUGAAAAAGUCUGCUGCGUUCCUUGGCAUUGGGACAGAAAACAUUUACCAUGUGAAAGUGGAUGAAAGUGGCAGAAUGAUCCCAGAGGACCUUGAAGCUAAAAUUGUUCAUGCCAAAUCACAAGGUGCAGUGCCAUUCUUUGUCAAUGCCACGGCUGGUACCACUGUGCAGGGAGCCUUUGACCCCCUGGACCGAAUAGCUGACAUCAGCGAGAGGAACGGAAUGUGGAUGCAUGUGGAUGCCGCUUGGGGAGGAAGUGUGGUGUUUUCCAAGAAACACAAGCAUCUGAUUGCAGGAAUUGAAAGGGCAAACUCUUUCACCUGGAAUCCACAUAAAAUGCUGAUGACUGGGCUUCAGUGCUCUGUUAUUCUGAUGAGAGACACAACGAACCUGCUGAUGCGCUGUCACUGUGCCAAUGCUACAUACUUGUUCCAGCAAGACAAGUUCUAUGAUAUGAGCCUGGACACCGGGGACAAGUCCAUCCAGUGUGGACGCAAAGUGGACUGUCUGAAACUGUGGCUCAUGUGGAAGGCAAUAGGUGCUCAGGGCCUAGCCAACCGUGUUGACAGGGCUUUUGACAGUACAAGGUAUUUUGUUGAGAAGCUGAAGAAAAGAGAAGGUUUUCAGCUUGUCUCUGAGCCUCAGUUUGUGAACGUAUGCUUUUGGUUUAUACCACCCAGCCUGAGAGGGAAGGAGAACAGUGCAGAUUACAAGGAGAAAUUGGCAAAGGUGGCUCCAAUCCUUAAGGAACGCAUGGUGAAGAAGGGCUCUAUGAUGGUGGGUUACCAGCCUCUGGAUAGUCGGGUCAACUUUUUCCGCAUGGUCAUCCUUUCACCCCAGCUGAACCACAGUGACUUGGAUUUCUUUCUCGAUGAGUUAGAGAGGCUCGGCAAUGACCUAUAACUGCGCCGUGGGUGCUGCUGGUCAUUCGCUCUUCAACAUCCAUUAAUGCUGCGCUAUAUAUGUAUGUCAUGUAGUUGAUUUAUGUGUGUUACUGCUUGGUGGAACAAAUGCUUGGACCCACACUGUCCUUUUGUCGAUAAGAUCGGGGACCACUGAGAACACCUAAAUGAAGGCUGUGUUGCUACAGAAGAAUGCUGGUGCUCCUUUCACUGAUCCCCUUCUAUGUUCAACCCUCAUUUCUUUCUGUGCAAGUAUUUUCCAGUCUGUGUCUCUAUCUUUUGAGUCUAUACUAAUUUUCUGUACUGCUCUGCAUAUUUAAUUUUGUUAUUGUUUUUUUUUUCAGCCAGUUUCUGCCAUAUUCUGGUUAAAUCCACAUUAUGUGAUGUGCAGGUUUAGACUAGACUUGCUUUUAGGCCUAUAUCAAUCAUUCUCCAAUGUGUCCUUUUUUCCAUCCAUACUCUUUUUGCAUUUUAUCUUAUUUCAUCUGUCCAUUACUAUAGGUCUUACAAAAAUAAAAUGUAGCAGGUAAGUUUAUAUUAAUUUUCUAAGACUUUGCUUCAGAAGGAUAAAGUGAAGCUUUUCUUUGUCAUUAUAGCUCACUGUGCAACAGUAAUGACAAAAAUGCUGUUUGGUCAGCAAAAUUAAAGUUGUGCUUGAUCAUGCUAGUGUUGCACUGGCCAGUCUUAAUGAAGAAGCAUUCAUUAGUACUUGUUUAGAUUAGAGAAGGCUUGAACUGAUCACUUUAGUUUUUAUGGAUCUGCUAGGACUUAACAAAAUAGAUUCUAGCUGCUAGAACUUUAAACCCACUAUAAAGUGUUAUAUAUGUCCAAGAUGGUGUCUUAUAAACAUGAGAUUUUGAUAUAUAAAAAUGCAUCCUUGAUAACUGAGUCCUUCCAUUUUAAAUUUACUUAACUGUCAUCCAGGCUACUUUAAUUCUUACAGUGUAAAUCACAGAUACAGUUGUCUUAGUGAGAAGCACAAUGGGCACAAAAUGCUACUGAAUUGUUUAGGCUGAGAUAUCAUGCCUGUGGAUAAGGUAAUUUGUCACUUUUCAUUUUUAAUGCAUUGUAAUUACUGCUGUCAACAUGUCAUACUGACAAUAAAAUCAUUUGUAAAUCCA